UAGACGCAGGAGCGGAGAAUCCUUCACUUCCGGCGGCGAGGACGCGCCUCUGGUUGGGGCGGUGUAAGCUCCGUUCGGAAGUCCGAGUUCCAGCGGGCCUCCUUAGAGACUCCUGGAAUCUCGUCUCCAUCUAGCCCACUAUGGUCCAGCUGACUCCCCUCCUCUGGAAGACAUACCGGGCCGGCCAUGUGGCCAUCCGCCUGUCCCUCAGCGGCUGCACCAACCGACCCUUCUACCGCAUUGUGGCUACCUACAACAAGCGCACCCGGGACGGUCGUUACCUGGAGCAGCUGGGCUGCUAUGACCCCAUGCCCAACACAAACGGGGAGAAGCUCGUGGGCCUUAACCUGGAGAGAAUCCAGCACUGGCUAGGCUCAGGGGCCCACCUCACCAAGCCGGUGGAGAAGCUUCUGGGUCUUUGUGGAUUUUUCCCUCUGCAUCCCAUGACUAUCACCAAUGCAGAGAGGCUUCAUCGGAAACGUGCUCUUGAAGCCAUUUCAGCUUCUCAGGCAGAAAACACAGAGUCGCCGCCCAGUUGAGCUGUGUGAGCAGCAUUUGCAAGUCCAAUCAAGAAACAUUUCUUAAGUGCUCCUCUGUGCCAGAUGCUCUGCUAAAAUAUACCUUAGUCUCAAGAACUCAUUCUGUUCUGAGGUGAAUAAAGGGGAUUUUCAGA